CUAAACAGCUAAUACGUGGCGCUGAAAGCAAUGAUGUCAGAAGGUCAAUACUCAUGUUCACGAUGUUUUGGCUUAUGCAGGUUUUUGACAACAUCAAAUAAACAAAGCAAGGAAUACAUGCCAACGCUCUGGGAGAUAUGUCUUAAAUUUCAGCGAAAGUCGUCACAGAUGGUUCUCAGCUGUUUUCAUUCAUCCAAGUUGGCACAUCCGCAAUGUCAGGAAUUUUAUUACCUUACUUAGCCUUGAUAUUAGAAAGUUCUGAGAUUUAUCGAUUUUUAAUAUAACUCUAGUGGUUCAAUCCUAGUGAUCGAUUUCUUUUAUAUUAUUUCUUUCAAUUUAUCUUUUAUGUACUGGUAAUAUUAUGACCUAUUUAUACUUCGAAACGCUCUGAUAACUUUGAGUUAAAUUGUAUACUGACAAAUGACAGUAGAAAGUUUUCGGAGAUCUGAAUGAGCUAAAAAAAUGGCCAGUUGAUUACUACUUCAAGUUAUCAUGUGGAUAUCUUUUAUGAAUGAUGUUUUUCAUUCAGGGAGUAGAAUUGUGCAGAUUACAGGAGUAACUAUGACUACUUGACAUUUGAAUUAGCUGUCUUUGACAGUAAAACUCCUAAUAAAAUCUCCUAGUUUUUGUUUUUUUUACUAAAUUAAUUUAUUGCGAGAGAAGUAUACUUGAAAGAAAUGACUUCCAGUUGCCUUGAUUUGAGUAUACCAUCAUCCACUUGUAAGGAUGAUUUUGCAUCUCAGUGGAGGUGUCACAGGCGGACAAAAAGUGCUGGAAGCAAUGCCUCACGAGAUUUAUCUCUGUAUACGUCUAUGGGAUUAUAUGCUCACCAUGGAGUGUUUGCCCCACAAGAACCCAGCACAACAGAAAAGAAUUUAGAAGUUUCUUUCAACUGCAAAUAUGACCUCAUUAAGAUAGUUGAAAAAACUGAUAGAGCUGCAUUACAUGCUCGUGAUCAGCAAGAUGAUUAUGACUUGCUAGAAUGUGGUAUUCUCUCUUGCCGUCCACGGUUUUUGCAAAAAUUUGCCAGUAUCCGUAUAUUUGUCUUCCUUUCUUGUGUUUUAGUAACAGUACAACAAGCUUUGUCUUCUGGUUAUUUUAACAGUGUAAUCACAACAAUGGAGAAAAGGUUUGAUAUUCCCAGUCGUGUUUCUGGGGCCAUUGCAAGUACAUUCGAAAUUGGUAAUUUAUUUACCAUUAUAUUCGUCAGUUAUCUUGGCAGUCAUAGACAUAUACCUGUUUGGAUUGGUAAAGGUAUCAUUGUUAUGGGCAUUGGAUCUCUUGUAUUUUGUGUCCCAUACUUCCUGGAGCAACAUUUGUCGACUGUCCAGAUUGGAAAUUUUACUCAUCCCAUGGAUGAAAAUACUUGCCAAUUACCAACCGCCACCGUCCAGUCAUCACAGACAGCGCAUUCGGGCCACUUCAUAAAUCCUCCUUCACAUGACAUCGACCCAACAGCUUGCAAUGAAGGACGAUCUUCCAAUACUCUUUAUAUUUUAAUUUUUAUGGUUGCCCAAAUAUUGAUUGGUAGUGGUGGGACUCCAAUCUUCACUCUAGGAACAACUUACAUCGAUGAUCACGUUAAGAAAGAAAGCUCCUCCAUGUACAUUGGUUGUAUGUACAGUAUGGUGGCAUUUGGAUUGGUUUGUGGUUUUCUGCUUGGAGGAUUCUUACUUUCUUUUCAUGAAAAUUACUUUCUGUAUAAUACUGUGCCUCCAAAUUUAUACCCUGGUCAUCCAAGAUGGAUUGGAGCUUGGUGGGCAGGCUUUGUUAUUUGUGGUGUGCUUCUGUUACUGGUGUCCAUUCCAUAUUUUGCUUUUCCAAAAGUCCUAUUGAAAGAGAAGCAAAGAUUAAGGUGGGAAGAGAAAGGAGAAUACUGCAGUACAAGGCGUUUAAAAAGUGAAAGCAACACUUUAGAAAGGCAAAACGGACAAGAAAUGGUUACUUAUUCUGAACCAAAUACUGGUCAGCAUAAUGUGAAAGAUAAAGCUAAAGAAUAUGGCAAAGAUAUUAAAGAUAUUCCUGCUUCCAUGUGGCGUCUCUUGAGUAAUCCAAUCUAUGUGGUUACAUGCCUUGGUUCAUGCAUGGAGCUAAGUAUUGUCAAUGGUUUUCUUGUCUUCCUUCCUAAGUACCUUGAAACGCAGUUCAGCAUUGGCAAAUCUCAAGCAAGCAUAUUCACAGGUGGAAUUGCAAUACCUGGAGCUUGUGUUGGAAUUUUCAUGGGUGGAUAUUUAUUGAAACGCUUACAGCUUAAACCCAAAGGUGCGAUUCAGUUUGUCCUCUUCUUUAAUAUUGUGUGUAUGGGUCUUUACACACUUCUAUAUUUUCUUGGUUGUGACAACAUAAGAAUGGCCGGAGCAACACUUCCCUACUUCAAUAAUACUUUGAAUUCUGAAUUUGAGCCUUUUCAAGUGAACUUAACUGCAGACUGCAAUAUGGGAUGUCGCUGCAGUCAAAAUGAAAUUGAACCUGUUUGUGGAAGUAAUGGCAUAACUUACUUCUCUCCAUGUCAUGCAGGCUGUAGAGCUGAAAUUGAUUACAAAUAUAAUAGCUAUUCCAAUUGUGCCUGUAUAUUAGCCAACACUUCUCGAGCUCAUGAAGUUCUGGCAUUUCCUUUAGCAACGAGUGGCCCUUGUCCGAAUGUCUGUCAUGUUAUUAUUCCAUUUAUGAUUUUACUGUUUGUCAUGACUCUUGUUGUUUCUAUUACCCACAUGCCACUGUUGAUGAUUACUUUGAGGUCAGUUGAUGAAGAAGAAAGAGCAUUUGCUUUGGGAAUGCAGUUUGUUAUAUUCCGCCUUUUUGGUUACAUACCAUCUCCUAUUAUGUUUGGGAAUGUGAUUGACUCAACUUGUAUAUUAUGGAAAGCUCAUUGUGGUCGGCCUGGUGGUUUUUGUCUGAUGUAUAAUAUUGAACAUUUUCGAAUUAAGUAUAUUGGUGUUUGUUCUGGCCUAAAAGUGGCAUCUGGACUCUUAUUCUUUCUCGACUGGAUGCUUAUAUCAUGGAAGCACAAGAAAGACAUCGAGCAACCACCAACGCUCACAGUUGGUGAAAUAGUGUCUUCCAUUAUAUCCUUAGAUCGAUUAUCAAUGCUUGGCUGGGGUGACGCCAACAUUGACUCGAAUAAGGAUCCUCCUGAAGACUCUAUGCCUUUGGAAAUGGAAGAGGACUCUAUUGUUAACCCUCUUCCGCCUCGACCAAUUAGGAAGCAUAAGAGGGGAAGCUCAGCGAGUGAGAUGCUUAGUCCUCGUUGAGUUCUUGUUAAAUUGCCAAGAAAGGGAUAUGGUAAUGCUUACACAACCUUACUACUGAUGACAGUAGGCACUCAACUAUAGCUGGCAAAAUUGCUUGCAAACAAUAAAUAAUACUGUAUUAUUUAUAUAUAGAUUUGGAUAAUACUGUAAACUGUAUUUUCUUUAGGGCAGAGGAGCUUAUUUGAAAUGGGGAAAGAGGAUUUGUUGUUAACCUAUUAAAAUUUUAAGUAACUGUUUAAUUUGUUAUUAUUAAACAGAUAUUAAUAACAAACUAAAUAGUUAUAAUAACAUUUUAUAGUUUUUAUUAUAAAACAAUUAUAAUAGAAACUAUUCAAAUUUUAAAUUAUUUAAUUUGUUAUUCUUGUUGUUAAUUAUUCGUUGUGAUGUGUUUAAAAUGUUACUAGGAAAGAGGUACUGAUGACUUAAUUAAGUUGAAGUUUUAAAAAAAUUCAAUUCGCUUUUUUUAAUUAAUGUUUCAAACUAAACAAUUCAAGUUACUCAAAUAUUUACUUGAAAAAAUUUUUUCAAAUAAUUAAUCCAUAAACUUAAGAAUUUCCUAUGUACUAUCAUCUAUUUAAAAUUAUUUAUUUCGAAAAUUUUAUUAAAAAAACUCUUUCUGGGUAGAUUUUAAUACUUAAUUUGUAGAAAUGUAAUAUUGCUUAGAAAAAAUAAUUAAAGGUUUAAAAUAAAACUAAUCUAGAAAAUUAAAAUUCUUAAAUAAUCUGCAAAUGAGAAAACAUAUUCAGGUGUCAUCAUUUGUGAAAUAUGCGCGAGUUGAAAGUAAAAGUUAUUAAUAUUUUAAAUUGUGCUUUUUAUAGUGAAGAUAUGAUAAAAAAAAUGGUAUUAAUUGUUAUUGCUACACUCUUUGGUUGUUAAAUAUAUUAAUCAAACUUUAGUGUUAAUUAUACAUCUGAUUUUUUUUUCUCCAAAAUUUGCAUUAGUUUGUGCUAAUACUUCAAAAUAAAUUACAUGUUAUUUAAUUAUUUCUAUGUAUCAUUAUUGGAAAAGGCAUUAACUAAGCUUAAAGGCUUGUUAUUUCGUAAUUAUUUCUUUUAUUAAUUGAAGCAAAGUAGUGUUGAUUUUAGGAAAAUGCUCUUAAAUUUUCAUUUAAAUCUGCAUCAAGUAAUAAAAUUUAAAAUUUGCAAUCCUUGAAGAUCUUAAAAAGUUAGGAUAACAUAAACACAACUACCGAGAC